CACCGGCCCCGGCCGCCCUCAGGAGGCUGCCCUCGCUCUCGGUGUGGGCUGGCCACCGUGAGGCUCGCACAGAGCGAUGUCCUCGGCCGGCGGACCGGCGUGCCCUGGCUGGCCGCGGCGGUGACACCCGGGUGGCCGGCGGCCCCAGGCGGAACCCGGGCUCGUCCGCGGGAAGAGAGCUGGCCCAGCGGGGAGAGAGGCCCUCACUGACGCGGUUGCUCUCUGACCUCUUGAUUUCGGGAGUAACCGCUUGCUACAAUGUUGGGGAAGCGUAAGCGUGUGGUGUUGACGAUCAGGGACAAGCUUGACAUCAUUAAGAAGCUUGAGGAGGGCAUCUCCUUCAAAAAACUUUCUGUUGUGUAUGGAAUCGGGGAAUCUACAGUUCGUGACAUUAAAAAGAACAAAGAAAGGAUUAUAAACUACGCCAACAGUUCAGAUCCUACGAGUGGGCUAUCAAAACGGAAGUCUAUGAAGUCCUCUACCUACGAGGAACUCGAUCGAGUUAUGAUAGAGUGGUUUAACCAACAAAAAACAGAUGGCAUUCCAGUGUCUGGAACGAUUUGUGCCAAACAGGCCAAGUUCUUUUUUGACGCUUUGGGGAUGGAAGGAGAUUUCAACGCAUCCUCUGGCUGGCUCACUCGAUUCAAGCAACGUCACGGUAUCCCAAAGGCUGCUGGUAAAGGAACCAAGUUAAAAGGCGAUGAAACAGCUGCCAGCGAAUUUUGUGGUAACUUUCAGGAAUUUGUUGAGAGAGAGAAUCUGCAACCAGAACAAAUUUAUGGUGCAGAUCAGACUGGAUUAUUCUGGAAAUGUCUGCCAGCCAGGACGUUAGCUCUUGACACGGAGCAGAGUACUUCUGAGUAUAGGUCAAGCAGGGAGAGAAUCAUCAUCAUGUGCUGUGCAAAUGCCACCGGUUUACACAAGCUAAACCUUUGUGUUGUGGGGAAAGCAAAAAAACCUCGUGCAUUCAAAGGAACUGACCUUGCUAACUUGCCGGUCACUUACUUCAGUCAGAAAGGGGCGUGGAUGGAACGCUCUGUCUUCAGACAGUGGUUUGACAAAUAUUUUGUGCCACAGGUACAGAAGCAUUUGAAAUCCAAGGGGCUUCUAGAAAAAGCAGUGCUGCUCUUAGAUUUCCCUCCAGCACACCCGGAUGAAGAAAUGCUGAGUUCCGCUGAUGGCAGGAUCAUUGUAAAAUAUCUGCCACCAAAUGUCACAAGUCUGAUUCAACCUAUGAGCCAGGGAGUUCUAGCCACAGUGAAAAGAUACUAUCGGGCAGGACUUAUGCAGAAGUUUGUGGAGGAAGGAAUUGACCCCAAAACAUUUUGGAAGAACUUGACAGUGUUGGAUGCAAUUUUUGAAGUUUCAAGAGCUUGGAACAUGAUCAAAUCAAGCACCAUAACCAAAGCGUGGAAGAAACUCAUCCCUGCCAGUGAGGAAAAUGCAGGUGUGAACAUUGACGAAGGAGCCAUUUUAGCGGCUAACUUAGCGACAGUGCUGCAGAGCACCGAGGCCUGUGAGCACGUGGACAUUGAGAACAUCAAUCAGUGGUUUGAUUCUCGACGGAAGGACUCCAGCCAUCAGGGGCUCCCCGACUGUGAACGGACUGAGCAGCCAUGCAAGGCUGCUGGAAAGAGGCCUUCAGGGAAGGUGAGGAAAGCAGAACUCAAUCCAGAGAGGCAUAUCAGCCACCGAGUCGCGCUGGAGUGGACUGAAAAUUUACUGGAUUAUCUGGAGCAGCAAGAUGACAUGCUUCUGUCCGACAAACUGGUAUUACGGAGGCUCCGGACUAUCAUCAGGAGAAAACAGAAAAUCCAAAGUACCAAAAGCCAUUCUUAGUGCUCUUUGUGUUUCGGGGUGUCUGCACCUGUGUCUUGGCCUGCACAGACACUAACCUGGUUUGAAGUGUUGUGGGUUGCGAGAGCAAACACAUUUUAUACAAAGAUUGUGGGGUUAGAUGUCAGUUUGGAUUACUGUACAGCAGCUCUUUAGUAUCCCCCAUGACUGAACAUUGCCAUGCCUUGUCCGUCUGCUGUUUCCACUCUGUAUUAUGUUAAUUAGAUCAUAAAGUGCUGGAGACCAGGCGCCUUGUGUCUGUUUUGUGCCUGAAUUUUAGUCUGUCCAAUUUAGGGUUGUGCACACUAUUGGCACUUAAUAAAUCUUACGUCACCUGA